UGAGAGACGGCACGGGCAAGAAAAAGUCUCUGCGACGAGGUUUGGGGACGGAAGAGGAGGGAGGGGAGGUCGGGGGACAAGGGAAGCCUGUCCCGAAUGGGAGCUGGAAGAGGGAGGGAUCGAUAACAGUGGUCGAAGCAGGUCGCGUGUGGGGGAGGAUCGGAGGGCACACACGCAAUUCUGCAGCUUUUGCUGCAGUCUCGAUGGCGACCUCACGUUGCCAGUCCAGAAUCCAGAAUCGGGAAUCCUCAAUGCAGAAUCCGUCUAAUUCCACCCACCGUCUGCACUCACCGUCGGCCAAAUCCGGGCUGUGGGAAAGCGAUUGGCACGGGGCAGUUUAAUAUUGUUGAUCAGCUUUGUGGCGAUGGCGCGACCGCUUUUCGCUUAGGCACGACUCGUUCUGCCUCGAGCAUGUGCACGCCGUAGCCUCAGCCUCAGCCCCAGCGGCGCACGCACGUAUUUUGUACAAGUAGGGCGCGGUGCGAUGGGUCGGAGGCUUUCUCAUUCUAGCACCCAAGGCUCGCCUCGUAUCCACUCUGGGGGCGUGGGUUCGCCUGUGGCCCAUGGAGGAGGUGGAGGCCUCGGACCCGAAAAGCCCAUGUCUCGUUGGAACUUUGUGGCGGUCGUAGAUUAGGAUGGUAUCACAGCAGUAAUGCUUCUGUUCACGCUCGUGCCUUUCCGAAGCUUUUCUGCUUCUUGUCCGUUGGGGUCGAGCCGAGCUGCGGGCACGGGAUCGGAUGAGUGCGUGUGGCAGUUGCCGAGGCGUGGUUGGACAGGAGGGAAAAAUAAAGGGAUUGGGGUGAUGGUGCUGUUGUCGAUCUAUGCCUCUGUACAGACAGGGGUGCGUUACAGAUCAGGAUGAUUAGGGAUUGCAGAUCGCUGCUGUUGAUCGUGGUGGGUAUGCUGGUGCUGUCAUUAUCUUUUUCGUGUGCUGAGUGGACUCCUCGAGCAGCAGCAGCAGGAGGCCGGGCCAAUCAAAAUGAGUCGACAAAACGGCGCUUGCUGUUUCAAGAGGAGAAGGUCGCUUCCGAAGUCGGGAGGAAGAGUGGGUGGAGGAGUGUAUCCUCCUCGUUGUCAAGAGAGCUUCAGAUCAAGGACGAAGACUAUCCAGACCAGGACGAUGCCUCGAGGCGGAAGUGCGCCUCCGAUUUGUUCUCGCUCUUCGGCGGAGAGGAAGCGGAGUCCUCCGUUGAGCUCUCCCGUGCUGAAGAGCUUCGAGCUUGCGUGCGCAGCUUGGUUCCUAGUUCGCCAUUCCUUGUGGCGGACUCACAAGGAAGUGUGGGUUAUGAAUACCUACACUCCGAAGUAGGGAUUGAGAAUCUGUCGAAUGACCUCGGCCGGUUGAUCAAUUCGCCCCCUGCAGCCGUCCUCCAGCUCGCGAGAAGUUGCGUGGAAUGGGGUGGGGACUUGUCCAUCGUCUUGAAUCAGCUCGAGAGCUCCACCUAUGCGAUCCCAGACGUGGAACAAAUGAACGAGGACAGCUGCAGUCUUACCAAGUUCGAUGUCGGAAGGCGCUUUAAAACUCCUGAGAUCAAUGAGUACCUGACGUUCCUCUUUCGAACCAUCGAGAAGCUGGCACCAUCUGUUGGCUUGAAUAUCUCCUUGAGUCGUUACGACCUAUUCCACGGCCACAUGUUCACUGCUCACAACACUGGCCGACUCGGCAUCCUUUUUCAUGCCAGGGAGUUUCCGGCUUACGAUGAAAAGCGCUUCCCGUUGAAUCUUGGAUUCUGUCAAAAGGGUUCCAAGGUCCCGUAUGACCAGACCAUGUCCUUGCGCAACAUCGUUUGGUUGGCCCCCAUGCCAGACUGCAGCCAGACUGAUCGUACGUGCUCUCGGAACUGGCUGGCACCAGGUUUUUUGUUUGUGCUUGAUACAACGGAGACUGGAAUUCUCGGCCGUGAGCUUGUUCCUUGGUACUUAGACAUCGUGCACACUGUCCAAGAAGAGGAUCUGGGAGACCUGGUUAUGGAUGUUAAUUACUUUGAUUCUUUGAGCGGAUCCCCUGUAGAUAAGCUCUUUUUGUGCUGACUUGGUUCAAUACAAGGAGGAAUUGCGGAGUUUUCAGGCUCAUGGGACAGGUAGCUGUCACUUGUACAGAUUGUGUGAAGAUGGCGACGCAUUGAACCAACGGCGCCCUCAUUGGCUGUGGAGAAGUCUGUUUAGUGUUGUAUGAAUGUAAAAGUGGAGCAAGCGUUCAGUAUCCCUAAACGUUGGUCCUCGAAAGGUGGUACUUGAAGAUAUGGCACCCGGUGGAUGUGUGUUUGAAUCAGUGCAGUAUGUGGAUCGUUGGAAUCGUGCGACCUGCAUAGUCCUGUACCGAUGGAAGAGUGGAGGAGCGGUUGAGCUCGAAUUCUCAUCCAACAAUCCCCUACUGAGGUUUUCUUUUGUUGAAGAUAACAUUCCGUCUGAGAAGAGUUGAUGCGUUUGUUCAAAGUUGUACAUAUAGACAAUAGAAAUGGUCGAAAAGAUUUGCAAGUUUUUGACGCCAUUCCCGCAACGUGGCUCGUGAGUUCAGGUUAAAGAGUGUUAACAGUGCACAUAUGGAGAUAAUAUCAGGAUCUGAUGUAAUCUCAGGACACACUGUAUGAACGUGCAGUAUGUAUAACGCUUUCAGUCCGCAAAACCUUUUCAGUCUUUGACCUUGUCCUAAAGGUCGAGAUAUUGAGGAAAAUGCUGGUACUCAAAGUUUUCUCAUGAAAAACUGCUGUCAACUCUCGGGAAUUGAAAGUCAUAAUAAAUCUUAUCUGGAUAUGGAAGUCUCUUAUCUUGAAACUCAGUCUUCCAAUUUGCUCGUUUGCCCCCGCUUCCCUUCAAAAUCUUUACCUCAAGUAGCGGAUUUUGCUCACGCGUGGUUCGCAGACGUAUUGAUCACCCCGUUGGACGGUUCCCGUCUCCAUCGGUCCACUCAGCUUCCAUGGCGAACUUGUAGUUGCAUCUGCAGUCGCCGAACAUGCUCUCCGUUGACAAAAUCCGGGACAGGAGCAACGUCCAU